CUCUCCUUUUAUCGUUUUUCGUUCAGCUGAAGCUUGUCUGGUCGAAGUGUUUGAGAUAGAGCAUCAGUUGCAGUUUCGAGCAUUGAUCUCUCAACAUGAAGGCCUCAUUUGUUUCUACUGUCCUGGCAUUCGCCAGUGCGGUGUCCGCGAACCAAUUUGUGCACCUGGGCCGAUUGAUUCCUCCAUUCGAGGAGGCGGACGAGUUUCCAGUCUCUACGUCUUCUGCUGCCAAUGUUACCGGCUCAGCGUUCUUCACUCAAGUUCUCGACCACGAUGAUCCUAGCAAGGGAACUUUCCAGCAGAAAUUCUGGUGGAAUGCGGAAUAUUGGGCAGGACCAGGUUCGCCUGUUGUGUUCUUCACUCCAGGUGAAGUCGCCGCUGCGGCAUACGGUGGUUACCUCACGAACAUUACCAUUACCGGUUUGUUCGCUCAAGAAAUUAAAGGUGCAGUGGUGAUGGUUGAGCACCGAUAUUGGGGCGAAUCUUCUCCAUAUGACGACCUCACCACCGAGAAUCUGCAGCAGUUGACGCUGAAAAAUGCAAUUGCAGAUUUCGUAAACUUUGCGAAGACAGCGGACCUGCCCUUCGACACAGAUCACAGUAGUAAUGCCGACUCGGCGCCUUGGGUGUUUUCGGGAGGUUCCUACUCGGGUGCUUUGUCUGCAUGGACUGAGUCUACAUCAUCUGGCACAUUUUGGGCAUACCAUGCGUCAAGUGCUCCAGUAGAAGCUAUCUCAGACUAUUGGCAAUACUUUUACCCCGUCCAAGAAGGCAUGCCAGCGAACUGCAGCAAGGACGCCUCACUUGUGAUCGACUACAUGGAUGGUGUCUUGAUGCACGGAACGGCAGACGAGAAGACUGCUCUGAAAACCAUGUUCGGUCUAGAGUCUGUAGAACAUGAUGAUGAUUUCAUGGCUGUCCUUGAGAAUGGUCCAUGGUUGUGGCAGUCGAAUAGCUUCUACUCUAAUUAUUCCGGCUUCUAUCAGUUCUGUGAUGCAAUCGAAAACGUCGUGGCUGGUGCUGCUGUGACUCCUGACGCGAACGGUGUUGGCCUUGAGAAGGCCCUCGCUGGAUAUGCCAACUGGGUCAACACUACCAUAAUUCCUGGCUACUGCCAAGCAUACGGUUACACCGAACUCUUGUCCACAGAGUGUAUGAACACUUAUGAUGAGAACAAUUUGCAGUUCACAAACAGAACCGUUGGCAACGCUAUUGACAGGCAGUGGAACUGGAUGCUUUGCAAUGAGCCAUUUGACUACUGGCAAGAUGGUGCUCCUCAAAACAGACCGACCAUCGUCUCCCGUCUCAUCGAUGCUACUUACUGGCAACGACAAUGCAGUCUAUUCUUCCCAACGGAGAACGGAUACACAUACGGCUCCAACAUCUCCCCCAACAAUAACGUGCAUCAAGUCAACAAGCACACCCAGGGAUGGAGAUUAGAGGACACUACCCGUCUGAUAUGGACGAACGGGCAAUUCGAUCCCUGGAGAACUUCUGGUGUUUCUUCAGACUUCCGACCUGGUGGACCUCUCGCCUCUACUACUCAACACCCUCUUCAAAUCAUUCCAGGUGGUUUCCAUUGCUCGGAUUUAAGACUGAAAAAUGGUCAAGUCAAUGCCGGCGUGCAGCAAGUGAUUGAUAAUGAGGUUGCACAGAUCGUCAAAUGGGUAUCGGAAUAUCCUAACUAAUAGCACAGAGUAGAGUCAUGUGCGUGGCAGUAAGCAGAAGAUCUUGGGACCAAUCAAAAGCAUAAUCGAGCGUAUCGAGCUAACCGAAC